AUGGGUCAAAUCCUUUCAUGUAAAUUUGGAAAAAAUUCACGGGUAUCCACGUCACAUGGCCGCGGCGCUGGCAAAAACUUUGAUCCGGAUGAGAAAUGGUCGAAUUUGUACAGAGAACGGGAGAAAAAUCAUCUUUACAAAUGGGUUGGUGUUAGGACAGGUAUGCUAAAGUUGAUAUCGCUAGUACGAUGUUGUAGACUUCUCUAAUGUUAUGUUAUUACAAAUUUUAAUAAUAAGACAAGGCAUUAAAAAUACAAGGGUAACAGGCGAUUUUAUUAAAAAGACAAGGUGUUAUAAGAAAAAUAAUUUAUUGUAGGCGGUGAAUUGUUAACGAUAUAUGAGAAAGAAGGUGAGGAUGGAGUUUUGAGGUUUGCUGCCGAAAAGAUGGAGCCAAUGAUGUACGAGAAUGGGGAAAAGACGCAGAUGAUAAAGUUUGCUGAUUAUAUACGCUACAAGAAAUCUGUAGUAAGUGUUUAUCAUUCAAUGUAAAGACUUUUUUGGAAUAUUGUUAAGAUAUUCAUGUUACUUACGAAAAGUUAAUGUAACUUUUAUUCAUUGUACUUUUGUGGUACUUUAAACAAAAAAUAAAGGUGAUGAUUAAUAAGAUUUGCUUAUUACAAAAACUAAAGAUGAAGAAGUUGAAGUAUUAUAUUAUAAAACUUUUUACAGAGCGUCGAAUUAGGCCUAACAGAAGAAGAAACGAUGGACGAAAACAAGUCCAAAUUCAGAGAACACGAAGCUCAGUGGCGGUUGAACAAACGUGGUGUAGAUGGCGAGACAAUUGUUCAUUUACUGUUAAACAGGGAAGAGCCAAGUUGUGCUGAAAUUGCUAGAAUUCUAAUACAAAAGUACUCUGGGCUUGCUAAGGACCUCUACUUGGGCGAUGAAAUGUUUGGUAAGGAUGCUGUAUUAGACAAACAUUGGAUCAUAAGACUCUCCAACAGUUUUUUAAAUGAUAUUAGGUUGUUCAAGUAAUCCUGUGCUCUCUCUCAAAGCAACUCUUUGGGGUUGCAGGACACAAACUUAGUUGAACAGCUUAACAUAACGAUCCCACUUCUAAAAAGGCUGCCUUUGCCAAGACUUUGCUGUAGUAAAAACAGCUAAAGAAAACUACAGUACAAUCCCUUCCGGUCGUAUACCGCAGACCGUGACAUAAAUUGUAGCCAAAUGCAUAGCAUGCCAGUACAACUUGUGGUUAUCUCGAAAAUAUUAUUGCGUUUUCAGGACAAAGUGCGCUACAUUUAGCGAUCGUGCACGACGAUUACGAUACCGUACAGUUGUUAUUGGAAAAGGGAGCUGCGGUAAACGCGAGAGCGUGCGGUGACUUCUUUUUGCCCGAAGAUACGGAUGAAUCCAAUGCACGGAAUUAUAGUUAUCAAGGUAUGAUUUAGGAAGGUUGAAAGACGUAUGGUGAGGCUUAUAUAAUCUUAAUAUGACUUUAAAGUUAUUGAACAUCAAUGUAGACUGUUCUUUUGAAAGGUUUAGAGCUAGCCCAAGUCUAGCCGCGCCAGCCCAAAAACCAAAGUUAAUCUAUUGAUUAAGUUUUGAGUUUUAAAAUCGAAAAGCUUUAAAAUUACUGUGUUGUUUUGUAGGCUAUGCGUAUUACGGCGAAUACCCGUUGGCUUUUGCUGCAUGUUUUGGUAACAAAGACAUUUACGACCUCUUAAUUCAAUAUGGCGCCAACCCGGACUUGCAGGACAUGUUCGGUAACACCUGUCUUCAUAUGUGUGUAAUUAAUUACAGCAGUGUAAGUCGGGAAAUGUCGAUAGGGCUUUUGUACCACAAAGAUUGCGGCCUUUACAAUCAAAGUGUAAAGUUCUUAACAAACAGUGAAAUUAACAACUUGGACUUAAAAAAUUAUUUAUGAUUGUAUAAUGAAAAUAUAUGUUACUUACAAUAACAGGGUAUAUGAAUAAUAAGAUAUAAGAAAUUUUUAUACCAUAACAAGGUAUAUAAGAGAAUGACAUUGCAGAGUAUGUAUAGUUAUGCUGUAAGGCAUUGGCACAAGCCUGCAAAGCCUAACAUUGUUAACAAUGCUGGUUAUACGCCGCUGACUUUGGCUACCAAAUUGGGUCGGAAGCACAUUUUUGAAGAGAUGUUAGAGCUUAUGAAAGUGGUAAGUGAUAGUAAUAAUUUUAUAGCUAACAAUAUCCUAUAAAAGCCUAAUAUCUUUGUCAAGCAUCAUUUUGCUUUUAGGAGUUUUGGCGUUUUUCUGACAUGACAUGUAGUGCCUACCCCUUGGAUACGUUAGAUACUAUUAGGCCCGAUGGAUCGACUAGUAAGUUUCUUAAAAUCGUAUGUGUCUUACAUUAUUUUCUAGCUUACAUGCUUUAGAAGUUCUAAAUCAUAAUACUUUUAGACUACGACUCAGCCUUAAUGACAGUAAUAAACGGUUAUUCACCCGAACACUUGGACAUGAUCGGUAGUGAAGUUAUACAACGUUUACUAGCUGACAAAUGGAAGGCGUUCGCAGCGAGAAAGAUGUACGAGCGUUUAGGGCUACUGGCGUUUCAUUUGGUUUGUCUUUGUUUCGUCGUUUAUCUACGGCCGACCGAAACUGACCGACUAUUCUUCAAAGUAAUGCAAUAUGACGACUAUGUGCGAGCGGUUUUCGAAUUCUUUACGAUUUUAAGCUGCGUCUGGUUUGUUUUUGUUCAACAAGUUGGUGAUCUACGGACACAAGGGUUUCAAGGAUACCUCAGAAAUUUGGUAAGUGAUAGGCUUAAAGCCUAGAUUUUGGGUCUAGGUAUUAAAGUAAUUGACUGGCACUUGUGGGUCAGAGAGCCGAGGUUCAAGGGCUUCCGAGUCUCAGUUUUGGCUCCGGCCUUUGGCUUACAUGACCCGGCCUGGCCCAAUCAAACAUACUUGGGCCAGGCCAAGCCCGGCCCUGGAAGGGCUUUGUGGACUUCUUUUUAGGUCCAAUGAACAAGCUUUUAAUUUCCAUCAGACGCAGGAAGAUUUUUUUGUACGAAACACGAAAUUCUAUUGCAUAUUUUGUAACAGUCAAAUUCUUUCUUUUUUUUGAUACAAUGGCAGGUUUGGACCAGUCUUUUGAGUGUCAUACUAAAGAGGGUUCGACUGUUAUUAAAAGUUUAUUUGAACAAGUCUAAAACAUAACUAUUUUAAAACUAAUUUUAGGCAACCGCCCCAGCAAAAAUAGUUUACCUAAUAGCAAAUAUUUGCCUGUUGUUAUGUGUACCAUUUCGUUUUACUCAACAAAAUCAAAUCGAAGAAGGGUUGUUGAUCUUUGCCAUUCCGGGGUCAUGGAUCUUCCUGCUCUUCUUCGCUCGUUCAGCCAAACUUACUGGACCCUUUGUCCAGAUGAUAUACAGUAUGAUUGCUGGUGACAUGAUUCGUUUCGGGAUUAUCAGUGCAAUCUUCUUGAUAUCAUUUUCACAAGUGUUUUACUUUGUGGGUAAAGAUAUGGCGGCGAAACAACAUUUGCAACCGAACGACGAUGCUUAUUGUGCUAUUACCGGCUAUGACAUUUAUACGUACAGUACUUUCUUGGAGACGUUUGUUACGUUGUUUAGGGCGAGUAUGGGAGGAUACGAUGUAAGUCGAAAAAUAGUGAAAAUGAAAAUUUAUUCACAGUUUGUUAGCUUUAUUACUAGUACUCAAGUAGGGUACUAUGAACUACAAGUAGAGCCUAAAGAAAUCUAAAAACGAGGUAUCAAAUGAUCUAUUAGUAGGGUCCAGUCAGUAGAGUACAAAAAUCCCCCAUUAACAAUACCUUUACAGUACGAAGAGUUUGGCUGCACCAACUACGAGCCUUUGACCAAAACCCUAUUUGUACUGUACAUGUUCGUAAUGCCAAUCAUGAUGAUAAACAUCCUCAUUGCUAUGAUGGGUAACACAUACACGACAGUCAUCACACAAGCCGAAAAAGCUUGGCGACAACAGUACGCUCAAAUCGUAAUGGUACUGGAACGGUCGGUGGAUAAGCAAAAACUAGCCGCUUGCCAACUCGAGUAUUCUAUCAAAUUAAACGAAACCUCCCGAGGUUUAAUGGUUAUCAAACAAACGAGGAAGACCAGAGCACGUCAGAGGAAACAGGCCAUCAACAAUUGGAAAAAGAUCAAGCACAAUGUCAUGAAAAUGGUUGACAAGUAUGGUGCAGAACAAACCAAGUUUUUGUUACACAGUCAUGAUCGUAUCAUCAUCGAAGAGACUGUGACGGGUAGUGCCGAUGCAGUGGCGGCGGCAGCGGCGAUCAACUUGGCGAGAAGUUCGAGCAAUAGAACGCCGAGUCGUGCUGAUAGUGAUAAUAGGGUAGGUAUUGUAGUGGAUGGUUAUAUGGUAACGGCAGUAGGCUUAAAGAUUGUUUUUUAUAGAGGAGGUCAUUGCAGAAUACGGUAAAUUACGGUAUUUUGGGGUAUCGUUGGAUAAAGUAAGGUAGAGUGUUGAUGCUAUCUGGCAGGGUAAGAUACUAUGGAAUAGGAUAGGGUAAAAUUUUUGCAAUUACUUCUCAAUUUUCAGAACGAGAAAAUCCGCUCCGUAAUGGUACCCUCAAGGCCGUAUACUGGUGCUGGGCAGAGGAGGAGUUCUCGUGCCUCUUCUCAUAGGAUACGUAUCGAUUCUCCUCCUAAAAACGAAUUUGCUCCACAUAUACUACAUCAUCAGACUUCUAAAGAACGAACAGAACCUAUGCGGCCGAGUACCAGUAGUGGCCACAAGAACGGCUAUGUGCAUGUUACACAAAGAAAUUUGGCCGCUGUACCUACUGGGACUGUAAGAGGUAGGAUUGAAGUUUUAAAGUUACUUCUUUACUUUACCCCGCCCUACCCUACCCAAACCAUUCUCAUAUUAAUCAACACCCAAUUUCAGGCGUAGACCUCCUACCGAGUGUAGACAUUCCAAAUAUUCCGACACGAGGCCCCAAUUCAAGUUCGAAUUCAGAUGGCACACCGCCGCCUCGUAUUUUAAGUCCGCCAAUCCGACAAGAUAUGUUUAGACAGCGACGUACACGCGAUACUCCGCCUAUUUAA